GCCGUCGGGGGCCGCGGAGCAGCGACCCUCGGCCGGGAUGGCGGCGGCGGCGGCGGCGGUGCGCGGAGCGUGGGGCGGGCGGCGCCGCGUGGCGCUCAGGCUGCCGCGGACAGCCCCUUGGAUCACGUCAGUCGCCGCGUCCUUCUCUUCCUCGGUGCCAACAACCAAACUCUUCAUUGAUGGGAAGUUUAUUGAGUCCAAAACUACUGAAUGGAUUGAUAUCCACAAUCCGGCCACAAAUGAGGUGGUUGGCCGUGUACCGAAAGCCACAGCCAGUGAGAUGGAGGCAGCUGUGGCUUCUUGCAAAAAGGCUUUUUGGAACUGGUCAGAAACAUCUGUUUUGAGUCGCCAGCAAAUCUUUCUGCGUUAUCAACAACUCAUCAAAGACAAUCUGAAAGAAAUUUCCAAACUCAUCACCUUUGAGCAAGGGAAGACCCUGGCUGAUGCUGAGGGAGAUGUGUUUCGAGGCCUCCAGGUGGUUGAACAUGCUUGCAGUGUGACAUCCCUCAUCCUUGGAGAGACCAUGCCCUCCAUCACUAAAGACAUGGACACUUACACCUACCGCCUGCCUCUGGGCGUGUGUGCUGGAAUUGCACCGUUCAACUUCCCAGCCAUGAUUCCUCUUUGGAUGUUCCCCAUGGCUAUGGUUUGUGGAAACACCUUCUUGAUGAAACCAUCUGAGCGUGUACCAGGAGCACUAAUGUUCCUUGCCAAGCUGUUUCAGGAUGCUGGUGCCCCCCAUGGAACCCUGAAUAUUAUCCAUGGACAACAUGAAGCUGUGAAUUUCAUUUGUGACCAUCCGGAUAUCAGAGCAAUCAGCUUUGUGGGAUCUAAUCAGGCUGGCGAGUACAUCUAUGAGAGAGGAUCCCGGAAUGGCAAGAGAGUCCAGGCCAACAUGGGAGCCAAGAACCAUGGUGUGGUGAUGCCUGAUGCCAAUAAAGAGAACACCUUGAACCAGCUGGUUGGAGCUGCUUUUGGAGCAGCUGGCCAACGCUGCAUGGCCCUGUCUACAGCAAUUCUAGUGGGAGAAGCUCAGAAAUGGCUGCCAGAGCUUGUGGACAGAGCCAAAAAUCUACGUGUAAAUGCAGGAGACCAGCCUGGAGCAGAUCUUGGGCCUCUAAUCAGUCCCCAAGCUAAGGAACGGGUUUGCAAUCUGAUUGAGAAAGGAGUAAAAGAAGGUGCCAGCCUUCUCCUGGAUGGACGUAAUGUCAAAGUGAAGGGUUAUGAAAAUGGCAAUUUUGUUGGGCCAACGAUCCUUGCCAAAGUCAAGCCAAACAUGACUUGCUAUAAGGAGGAAAUCUUUGGGCCUGUCCUAGUGGUGCUGGAAGCAGACACUUUGGAUGAUGCCAUUGAGAUGGUGAACAAUAACCCCUAUGGGAAUGGAACUGCAAUCUUCACCACCAAUGGAGCCACAGCUCGGAAGUAUUCUCACUUAGUAGAUGUGGGGCAGGUGGGUGUCAAUGUUCCAAUCCCAGUACCUCUGCCCAUGUUCUCUUUCACUGGCUCUCGUGCUUCUUUCAGAGGGGACACCAAUUUCUAUGGCAAACAGGGAGUGCAGUUCUAUACACAGCUGAAAACGAUCAUUUCUCAAUGGAAAGAGGAAGAUGCCACCAUUGCCAAGCCUGCUGUGAUUAUGCCAACUAUGGGAAACUAAAUCAGCCUUUGCAGAUGCUGUUCCUGGUGCCCUUCUAUGCUGCACUUUCCAGCUUUGUCCUGACUAUCACCCUUUAGUUGGGAAUGAAUAGAAAGCUCCUUUGUCUCAAGGAUUUCUGUGCAGAUCAGGCAGGCUCAUGUGACUCACAGUCUGGAUUUUCUGUUUCUAUCAGUGUUCUUUUGGCUAGCUGAACUAAUUUUUCCCUACAACCUAUCACAGGCUAAACAGCCUUAUCUAACUGAAAGGGCAGCCAGUGAGAUUGGCUCUAAUUUGUGUUUCUUUCCAGACCCUAUGAACUUGAACAUUACUCUGGUUUUCACUUCAGUAUCUUUAGCCUUAGUGACUCACUCCUGGCUACAUCUUGUAGCAGGUUUAUUUACCUCUUUAUCUUGCAUAUUAAGAUUCUGAAUUCACCUUACUCAAAGAUGUGUAGUCAUUUUGAGUGACAUAACUGGGACACCUUGGGUGUCUCAUAGAAGUGACUUUACAUAUGAUGAAGACAGCAAGUUGUCAGUCUUUCACCUGUCGAGCAGUUUCCAAAACACUGGGAAAUAGCUUUGUACAGGUUUUUCAGGAAGGCAUAUUUGAUUGCUUGUCUGAGGAUGAAAGAAAUUUCUGUAUGGUACAGUGACCUUCACUGUGCCUCUGACAGCUUGAAAACUUCUGUUCCUGUUCUGUCUGUGGCUUGUAUGCUCAAGCUUGUCAGCAAUUCCAUUAUACCUGAAAGUUGUUUGGUGCCUUUUCACUGUGCUAACAGAUACAAGCCUACACGUCCUGUAACAUUAUGAAACUGGGGAAGCAGAAACAUAACCAUGUAUAUGUAUCUUUGUGUCACAGCAUCAUGUAGGUCUGAAUAAAAUGAAGUGCAAGUAGAGGUCAGUAGGAAGAAAGAAACAUUUUUUAAUCACAAAGUAGCCAGGCCUUGUCUGUUGUUUUCCUUUCCUGAUUGUAGCUGUAUUUCUUAUGUUGAUUGAUUGACUCCUUGUCACAUUUGCUGAAACACAGUCAUGUACUCUUGGGACUGCAAGUUCCUAUUGCUAAAGAAGAGUAAGGCUUAGUAUAUAUACCCUGGUUUUAGGAAUCUGUGCAUUUGGAGCUGGAGAACCUAUAUUUUUAUUUCUGGUUCUUGAAAGAUGAUGCAGCCAUGAAGGAUCUGCAGGGAUCUCACUCAAGCACUCAUGGAAAAUAAUAUUCUUCUAAUGAUUGUAACCAUUACUUGUUCUAAUUAAACAAUCUGAAUGUGAACACUUCGUAUCCUGCCUUCUGGUAAAGAUGCCUUGUACCUGACAGCUCUGUAUUAGUGCAAUUGCUGUGCAUUCACUAAUGUUUGUAUCUUGUUUUUUCAUCUUAUACACUAGAGGGAAAUUCUCACCUUGCAAUUUGAUUGUGAAUUAAAAACAUUCUAAUAUA